CAACCACAUUCGUCCUCGUCCACACCCCGCCCUUAUCCUAAUGCCAAUCCGAUUGUGUUUUGUUUUAUAACAAAGAAAACAACAAUGGCAGAAACAACAAUCGUAGUGAUGGCAAACAUGACAAAAAAAAACAGGGAGCAGGGAGAAAUAGAGAAAGCUCAGCGCAAUGAUGGCAAAAAAUAUAUCAGCAACAACAAAAUAGAGUCCUUUUUUUCGUAACUUUUUUUUGGGCAUGUAUGUGUGCGUGUGCCUGGUUCAUGGCUAUGUGUACGUGUGAGUGUGAAUGUGAGUGUGCUUGUGUGUGUGUCUGUGUGAGGCUGCGUCGUCGUCAUCGCCGCUGCCUCUGUCGCUGUCGUUGUGCGUGUCUUUGAAUUUUUUGGGUGUGGACUUGUUUCAUGUUUCAGUUUCAGUCGCCAUCCCCAUGCCACCCCCUCGCCACCCCCUCGGCACCAAAACUCUGCGCUAAGUAGCAACAACAGCUACAACAAAACAGCGUAUAUAUUAUUAAAACAAAAAGUGCAAUUGAGAAAUGCAGUGUCACUCUUUAUUUUGUUUUUAUUCAAGUGUGUGAGUGAGUGUGCCAAUAACUAUAACAACAACAAGAACAGCAACAACAAUUACCACAGCCAGCGCUACAACAAUGACCAAGUGCAUCAAAAGUGCCGACGAAAAACAACGCGAAAGCAAAACAAAAGCCUCAACCCUCCAGUCACAGCCCCACCAGCCCCCGACGCCGCCCCUGCGACACAUUUUAAUUAAGAGCCUGCCAUGACAGACCCCUUAUAGGCAACCCACCGCCCGCCGCCCCCACUUACCCACAACCACCCACAGCCUCCCACUCGACACCAGUGCAACGCCACCCCCCAACAAGUUUGAGAUUUUUAUUAUUAUGAAAUUUUCGCUAAUUCGAGGCGGAAGGCCAAGCGGAGCAGCGUUGGGCGGCUUUUGGCUUUUACGACCCCGUUCUACAUACCACUUUCUCCUUUCGCCCCCAUUUUCCCCAUUUCACUGCUGCAACUUUUGUUUAAAACGUAAACAAUCCGGAAAGCAGUGAAGAAACACUCAUCCACAACAUUUUUACCCAAUCAAUGGCAUCCCAGCUUUUCUUAUUUCCUUUUAUUAAAGGAAAAACUAGUUAGCAAAGAUUUCAGAAAAUCAAAACAUAUUGUAUGGUCCUUUUAGUUCUACCGACCUUAUGGCCUAGAUAUAAACGAUUAGUGUCUGCUACAAGUCAGCUAGUAUCUUGAAGUAAAUGCUUUUCAUUUUAAAGCCAACCUGAGGAAAGUCGUUUACACAUUUCUGUUCUAAGCUCUUUAAACAAAUGUACUUGUGAUACCGACGGAAUCCAUUUUUUUUGGGCGAAUCUAUCGAAGGCAAAGUCUCUAGAGAUUUGUGUGUCACCCCAGAACGUGUUCUAUUGUUUUCUGUGCCCCGACAGAUCUUGGGAUAUGCGUCCCAUCACGCUCGUAAUAUAUUUAGCGAACUCCUCCCACAAGACGAUGUCGAUGUCUGACUGUUGAGGCCCUCAACUGCCGGCUGAAGGUCAGAGUGGAAAGGAUGUUGCUGCUGUGUAGCAAAAACCAAAACCAACGAACAACACUGCAACUGCUGCUCGGUCGGAAGCCGAAACUUUUGGAAAACACUGCUCUGCACACACACACACACUGCACAGUGUUGUUCCCAAUCCGUGUUGCCAGGUGUUGCGGUUGUAUAUUUUGGAUAAAAAUAUUCUAAAAAUUAAAUAUAAAUGCUGAAAACCAAGCUAUAUCCUAAUGGAAGAAAACAUACGAAAGAAAAUAGGUUUUUAUAUGAUAGUAGCUAUAAAUCAAAAAUUAUGAACACUUUAAACAAAAACAUAUUUUUUUUUCCUUCAAUAAAAAUAUAAUUAUUGGCCUUGAACAAAUUAAUUUAGUUUUCACGACUAAUUUUAUGUGUUUCAAUGUUAAGGACGAACAUAAAGGAUGAAUAUCCAUAUAACAAAACGAGAACAUACAUAUUUACUAUAUACAUAAGUGAAACAAUUACAAGUAUGGUUGAAUUCACAGGACUUGAAAAUAUACUAGAUUUUUAAUAGCUUUUUCUUUGUUAAAUAUAGUUGACUUAGUCUGAAAUUGGCUAGACUGGCAACACUGUCCGUCCUGUUCCUGCCGUCGUUGUUGCUGAUUUGGUUUCCCCGUCGUGUCGUUGCAGCGCGAUUUGCAUUCGGCCACUUUGGGCAGCAAACUUUUGUUUGCUUGUUGUUUUGGCGGCACAACAAGCCCAAAACAAGGGGGCUAAAAGGAAGCUGAUCUAAUGAAUUAGCUGCCAGCCAGGAUUACAGCGGGUGAGUGGGGAGUAAGCAACACCCUACAAAGUCACGAAGAUAACACGCAGCCAUUUUUCACGCCCAGCGCACAUUUUCUGCGCUUAAGCGAGAAUGCGAGAAGAAAAACAAGGGACAAAGAAAAAGCGUUGACAGAAAACGUUUGGGCCAAACUAAUAACCAACCAGCCAUGUUUGUUUAGAGGGGAAAGGAAAAGGAGGGGAAGAAGGGAAAGGCUGACAGCGGUCGACGCACUGUCAAAUUAGACAGCUCCCAACCCAUGUGCCCAGUCAUCUGUUUUAGCCCAAAGCUAACCCAUUCGCCACUGGCCAAACAACGAUAAAGCACGGAAAACGGAAGGGAAGGAGCAGAACAGCUGAACAGGAGGACAGGAGGACAGGAGAGGAGGGAAUGGAAACACACAAAUAAAUAAAUAGAUUUCAUUCGUGGGCGUGGUCAGCGGAAAGAAAGAGAAGAGAGUAAAGAAAAUAGCGGCAAGCCAUGCUAAAAAGUAAAUAACUGUCAAAGGGGUUCAGCUGUGAAAAACGUAUAAGAACACAGAGAGAAAUUCAGAUCAAAAGCAAUUAAUGUUUUUGAUAAAAUCAGAGCCUUUUUUUGUAGAUGUCUUGACCAAAACAAAAUAUAAAUAUUAUACUAUGAGCAAUAUUUGAUAUUUUUAACGCUCAAAAGUAAUGCCUCUUUAAUGGCUUACUUCAUAUGCGAUAAUGAAAUCAUCCACUUGGUAAUUGUGGCUUUUUUUUCUCAGCGUACGUGUGCGCGUCGGUGUGUGUGUGCUUGCAAGUUACUGUGCUGGUAGCAGAAGCUGUCCCCAAAGAAGCCAAGUAAAUACAGCUUGAGCCUAACCCAAAAUGUCCGCCAAAAGUCAUAAACUCACAUACCCACACAGCCACGAACAGACAUUCACACUUACAGACUGACACACGCACAGAGAGAAAGAGAAAAAGAGAGAUGAUGAUAAUGCCACUGCUAUUGCUAUUAAACAGCAACAACAACAACAUGAGGAAGUGACGUUAACAAGAACAGCCAAGGCAACAAACAUUUUCAAUCAAAAGUUUAAUACGCCGUGAAUUCAUUACACGUCCUAUGAAUGAUGUACCCCAAGCACAAACACUACUCUUGAUAAGGCAGUAAGCAGUGGGGGAGUGAGGGAGGGAUGGGUGGCGACUAUGAGCAACGUUAGCCGGGAUGUCUGUUAUUUUGGAUUCUUUUCUCAUAAGAUACAAUUUAUUGCCGCCGUCAUGUACGAAAAGUACGAAACACAUGUAGACACACACAAACGAAGAAGAAGACAUUUUACGGCUGCCCUACGCACACACACACAGGCACAGACACAGGCGCAUAGAGAUGAGCUUGGAGAAAUGGAGAAGUGGAGAAAUUGAAGAAAUGGACGAGUGCGGAGAGAGUCGACAGAGGAGUCCAUGACCUUCAAGCGGAGCAGGGCGUUGGGACAAGGUUGGGGUCCUUCUCCUUUGUGCCUGCUUGGGCCUAACAAAGUAAUCACUCUUUCCUGCCAACGAGCGGCGGGUGGGGAAGCUCUUCCCCGCUUAUUGACAGCCAGGCAGCCAAGUGUCAAAACACAGUUUAAGCCAGACCAGAGGCUACAAGAGGCGGGACGACAGCAGACAAAUUAUAAGCCCAAACAGCUUCUGUUUGCCGCGUUGCGCAGCCACGCAACACGAAAGAAGUCGAGCUACUUGCUGACGCAGGAGCCUGGACCCCUGCAGCCUCCCCAGCCCUCAGCCCCUGGCUACGCCCCUCCCACGCGGUGUUCGAUGAUGACACGAAGCCGCCGUAGGCGACGCCCAAAACCAAAGCCAUAGCUUAGCAGUGCACAUAGAAGAAAAUAUAUGAUCGUAUACAACAUUUUUGAUCAAAAGUAAUGAAAAGUGACAAAAAAAAACUCCGUUAUUUGGGAUUGACCCAAAGCGAUUUAAGGAAUCGGACAUAAGUUAAAUAUUCCAAUGGCCCUUGUGCUCACUAGGUAUUUCUUUAGCGUUUACGAUUUAGCGACUGACUAAAUUCGACUUCUUUCUGAUUUUUUAAUUUAAUUUAAAAAUAACUUAGAGUUUUAUACAUUUACAGUUUUAUAAUUUUGUUAACUUUUAUUUUGAACACAUUUUUUUUUUUUUGAUGUACCAAUUGCUACAAGUUUGGCCAAACAAAGGGCGAUAUAGGGAAACUACCAGCAUCCGCAAUAUGUGGGGAUAUUAAUGAUGAUGACUAUCAUAAUGGCAAGAACAGGGAAAGUCUGAGGGAAAGGGCUGCCAAGGGGCAUAUCUGGCCACACCCCAUGCCUACAGUCCCACGUUUCGACUCCUUAUUUCCGUUUCCGCUGCUUCGGCUGCUUUUUACUGCCGCUACUAUGGUAUACCAUUCAAAAUUCAAAGAGAAAAUUUCACGACCGAUUGCCGCAUUCCCUGCGGGGGCUGAGUCAGAAAGCUGAAAACAGGAAUCAGGAGCCAGAGUAUGUAUGUGUAAGUGGAGCUGCGAUUAUGCGGACCAAUGUCGCAUUUAAUUUAUGUAGAAUGGCAGGCUGCGCUCAAAUUGAAUCGGACUGAAAAACGGAGCAGGCGGCAGGGCAAAGGCUCGAUGGAUGAAAUACCCUAGGAGAUGAGAAGCAAGACCAGACAAUAACGUAAUAUACUUAGUAUUCUUCAGUACGUAGACAUUAAUUAAACACUCAUAAAAAUAAAUUCGUAAAUUCAAGUAUUUCUUACCAAGUUUAAAAAUGUAACGCUUUGAUUUUCUUCCAUUGCUGUUUUUAGCUAUUUAAAGUAUUAUUAUUUUUGUAAUAUUUUCGGAGUAGAUUGUAAUAUUCUAAACAUUUAAUUUACAUUUGAACUAUAUUUAGUUUUUAAUAUUAUUCAUUCGUGGAAUACCCCCGAAAACCAGCAGUAUCAAAGUGAGGGAAGCACCUGCUCCUGCCUGCCUGGGCGAUGUGUCCAUAAAUACCCUUUGGCGGCAGCAGGCGCCGCACAGUGGGCCCGAAACGAUGGAUACGGGACUGCCUCAAAACGACCAACGACUUUCGUACACAAACAAACAAAUUGAUGGGAUAUGGUACUCAUUUUGAUGAAUUUCCGUAACACUUUGGAAUCUUCGAAAAAAUUACAGCUUUUUUUUAUUAAUUUUACAUAAUUCAAUGGUUGACAAUAUCGGACUGAUUCAGGCAAUUCGCUUUUCUGUCUAGUACGCUACACGGUUUCGACCAUAACAAAUUAGCAGCGGAAACUGAAAUGGCGGAAAACGUCAACGACGACUGUUGCCAAUGCUGCUGCUGUUGCUGCUCCUGCUGCAGACGUUGUUGCUUAGGUUUGUGUGUGCUUAAAUAGGUGUGAGUGGGUGGCAUGGAAGUGGAAAUGGAAGUGGAAAUGGAAGUGAAAGUGAAAGCGAGUGUGGGCGGUUACGUGUAAAUGUUUUCUGUUGCCUGUUUAAAUUUAGCAAUGCGCAACACCCAAUACAAACAGAAGAACCGAACAGAGGACGAAACAGAGGGCCGCUGCUGAGAAAAACGCAAUCCAUCCAUACGCAAAACAAUAGCAUCGCCCAGCCAAUUAAAUCCUGGCCAAAUGCACUAGAGACCACCGGAGCAGCGAGUACCGAGCACCGAACGCCGAGCACCGGAUCAUACAGCCAUGAUGCCCAGUCGCGUCAAACUGAAAUGCGGCACGGAUGAGCUCCCACUUAUGGGCCGAAGGGCGACCGACCGACCCGACCACACCACUUUCAACACUGCCAGCAGCCAGCACAAUAGCAAUAGACGUCUAACCACUAACCCUCCAAGCGGCUUCCUCCCGCUGUUUCGCCUCCCGGUCCUGGUGCUCCUCCUGCUGAUCCUGAUCCUGGACAGCUGCCACGCCCUCCGGUUGACCAACGGAGGCGGCAGCCUGAGCAAGGGCGCGGCGGCCAACAAGGAGCAGCUCAACAUCGGCCUGAUCGCGCCGCACACGAACUUUGGCAAGCGGGAGUACUUGCGCAGCAUCAACAACGCGGUCACCGGCCUCACAAAAACGCGCGGCGCCAAGCUGACCUUCCUCAAGGACUACUCCUUCGAGCAGAAGAACAUCCACUUCGACAUGAUGUCGCUGACGCCCAGUCCGACAGCCAUCCUAAGCACGCUGUGCAAAGAGUUCCUGCGCGUGAACGUCUCGGCCAUCCUGUACAUGAUGAACAACGAACAGUUCGGACACAGCACGGCCUCUGCGCAGUACUUCCUGCAGUUGGCCGGCUACCUAGGCAUCCCGGUGAUCUCGUGGAACGCGGACAACUCGGGUCUAGAGCGGCGUGCCUCGCAGUCGACGCUGCAGCUGCAACUGGCGCCGAGCAUCGAGCACCAGAGCGCCGCGAUGCUGAGCAUCCUGGAGCGCUACAAGUGGCACCAGUUCUCGGUGGUCACCUCGCAGAUAGCCGGCCACGACGACUUUGUGCAGGCGGUGCGGGAGCGGGUGGCCGAGAUGCAGGAGCACUUCAAGUUCACCAUCCUCAACUCGAUCGUGGUCACGCGCACCAGCGACCUCAUGGAGCUGGUCAACAGCGAGGCGCGCGUGAUGCUGCUCUACGCCACGCAGACGGAGGCCAUCACCAUUCUGCGUGCCGCCGAGGAGAUGAAGCUCACCGGCGAGAACUACGUCUGGGUGGUCAGCCAGUCGGUCAUAGAGAAGAAGGACGCCCACUCCCAGUUCCCCGUGGGCAUGCUCGGCGUGCACUUCGACACCUCCAGUGCGGCGCUAAUGAACGAGAUCUCCAACGCCAUCAAGAUCUACAGCUACGGCGUGGAGGCCUACCUAACGGACCCGGCCAACCGCGACCGCCGCCUCACCACCCAGUCGUUGUCCUGCGAGGACGAGGGACGCGGUCGGUGGGACAACGGAGAAAUCUUUUUCAAGUACUUGCGCAACGUGUCCAUCGAGGGGGACCUGAACAAGCCGAACAUCGAGUUCACGGCUGAUGGUGACUUGCGCUCGGCGGAGCUCAAGAUCAUGAACCUACGGCCCAGCGCCAACAACAAGAACCUGGUGUGGGAGGAGAUUGGAGUGUGGAAGUCAUGGGAGACGCAGAAGCUGGACAUCCGCGACAUUGCGUGGCCUGGCAACUCGCACGCCCCGCCCCAGGGCGUGCCGGAGAAGUUCCAUUUGAAGAUCACAUUCCUCGAAGAGGCACCCUAUAUCAAUCUGUCGCCCGCGGACCCGGUGAGUGGCAAGUGCCUGAUGGACCGCGGUGUGCUCUGCCGGGUGGCGGCCGAUCACGAAAUGGCCGCCGACAUCGACGUGGGCCAGGCACACCGCAACGAGUCCUUUUACCAGUGCUGCAGCGGCUUCUGCAUCGACCUGCUGGAGAAGUUCGCCGAGGAGCUGGGCUUCACCUACGAACUGGUGCGGGUCGAAGAUGGUAAAUGGGGUACCCUCGAGAAUGGCAAGUGGAACGGCCUGAUCGCCGACCUGGUCAACCGCAAGACGGACAUGGUCCUCACCUCGCUAAUGAUCAACACGGAGCGCGAGGCGGUCGUCGACUUCUCUGAGCCCUUCAUGGAGACGGGCAUCGCCAUCGUGGUGGCCAAGCGCACGGGCAUCAUCUCGCCCACGGCCUUUCUGGAGCCCUUCGACACGGCCUCCUGGAUGCUGGUGGGCAUAGUGGCCAUCCAGGCGGCUACCUUCAUGAUCUUCCUGUUCGAGUGGCUGUCGCCCAGCGGCUACGACAUGAAGCUGUACCUGCAGAACACCAACGUGACCCCGUACCGCUUCUCCCUGUUCCGGACCUACUGGCUGGUGUGGGCCGUCCUCUUCCAGGCCGCCGUCCAUGUGGACUCGCCGCGCGGCUUUACCUCGCGCUUCAUGACCAACGUGUGGGCCCUCUUCGCCGUAGUCUUUCUGGCCAUAUACACUGCCAAUCUGGCCGCCUUCAUGAUAACCAGGGAGGAGUUCCACGAGUUCACCGGUCUCAACGACAGCCGUCUGGUGCACCCCUUCUCCCACAAGCCCUCAUUCAAGUUCGGCACUAUUCCGUACAGCCACACGGACUCGACCAUCCACAAGUACUUCAACGUCAUGCACAACUACAUGCGACAGUACAACAAGACCAGUGUGGCCGAUGGAGUGGCGGCCGUGCUCAACGGCAACCUGGACUCCUUUAUUUAUGACGGCACUGUGCUGGACUAUCUGGUGGCCCAGGACGAGGACUGCCGCCUCAUGACCGUGGGCAGCUGGUAUGCCAUGACGGGCUAUGGGCUGGCAUUCAGCCGCAACUCCAAGUACGUGCAGAUGUUCAACAAGCGGCUGCUCGAGUUCCGGGCGAACGGGGACCUGGAGCGGCUGCGGCGCUACUGGAUGACGGGCACUUGUCGGCCGGGCAAGCAGGAGCACAAGUCCUCCGACCCCCUGGCCCUGGAGCAGUUCUUGUCCGCCUUCCUGCUCCUGAUGGCCGGCAUCCUGCUGGCGGCGCUGCUCCUGCUGCUGGAGCACGUCUACUUCAAGUACAUCCGCAAGCGGCUGGCCAAGAAGGACGGCGGCCACUGCUGCGCGCUCAUCUCGCUGUCCAUGGGCAAGUCGCUGACCUUCCGCGGCGCCGUCUUCGAGGCCACCGAAAUCCUCAAGAAGCACCGCUGCAACGACCCCAUCUGCGACACGCACCUCUGGAAGGUCAAGCAUGAGCUGGACAUGUCUCGCCUGCGAGUCCGCCAGCUGGAGAAGGUCAUGGACAAGCAUGGCAUCAAGGCGCCGCAGCUGAGGUUGGCCUCCUCCUCGGAUCUGUUGAACCACCAUCAUCUCAAGGAGCGGCCGCCGCUGCUGGGCAACCUGAGCCUCGCCGCCAGCGCCCAAGAUCUAUACAGGUGGUCGUACAAGACGGAAAUCGCCGAGAUGGAGACGGUGCUGUGAAGCGUUUAUAGCUGGAAAUGGAGCUGCUACUCUAGACACACUAGGCACACACCGCAAUCGAGCAACGUAUUUAGAGUGACUGGAGCCAGAGUGCAGUACGUCUAAUCAAAAUCAACGUUUCAAAUAAAAUGUAAACUGAAAGCUUUCGGAGGUUAGAGACAGGGAGAUAUGACGUGGCGAAAUAGAAGCCAAAGCGCCUCACGAAAACCGCACACGAGACACCCAGAUUUCCAGCCUAGGGAAACCCAAAGAUUGUAUAAAGUUAAACUAAUUGUAAAACAGUAAAACCAACAGCUAAACCUAACGGCACACGGGGACAAACAACCAAAACAAACAUAAAAAAAACCAGCCGCCGCACGAGUAUUUCAUAAAAUAAGUUUUAAAGGAGAUCAAGAAUGUAGAGGUAGAGGAGAAGCUGGAGAGAUCAACCGUUACACUUUUGGCGAUUGAACUGUAAACUGUAAGCCGUUAACAAGAGAUUGGGGCAAGUAGAAGAAGAAGAAGAAAAGUAGAUUCAAGCCAGAGUUGAACAUGUUUGUAUGUAAUCCGUUUGAUUGUUUGUGAUUGUUGUUUCGUUUGUUGUCUUUUUUUGGAUAGUAAAUAUUUACUAAAUCAUAAUCAAGUAGGCGUAUAGCAUGGGCUUACAUACAAGCAGGACGACAAGCCACGCCCAUUAUUAAAUAUACACAUUAACAGAUUUAUAUGUAUUUACCUUGCUAUGAUUACGAUUAUGAUAACGACGAUAUAAAUGUUAUUGCAUAUACACGUACAUAUACAUAUACAUUUAAAGAAAAAAAACAAGAAAUAUUUACAUAUGAAUAUACAUGUAUGUACUUAUAUUUUUUCUGAUUUUGAUAAAGAAAUUGCUUACUUACCGCUAACAAAUAAAACCCCAAGAAUUAAAAUCA